UUCAUUUCUACUUCACUCAUUGAUUCAACAGGAACCGAGCCGAGUCCGGUUCCUGGGUCUGGAUCACUGGUCAGAAAAUCAGAGAGCUGUGACAUCACACGGCGGUGGAGAAACACCAUGUGACCUCAUCACACACACACACACUCUCACACACACACCGAGCCACCGUCAGCAGGAGGAGGAGCCAGCAGGCUGAGGAUGCUGUCAGGUUGCCGUGGUUUCAGCCUCCUGCUUCUUGAGCCGACCGUUGCGUGCGCGGCCGAAGGCUGAGAGCCGUGAGGAUUUAUGACAGGAUGGAGGGAAGGAGGAGAGGAGGAAAGGAGGGGAGGAGGAGGCUGUGACAGCAGGAGGUGUUGAAGGGUGGAUUAUCGCUGCCGCAGAAAAACAUCAGAGUCAUCGUUUCCUCUGAGUUCCGGCCAUCAGGAAGCUCCAUCACUCCAUCUGAGCAGAGGGAGGACUGAAGGAGGAAUGGAGGGACUGUGAGUCCUCGCUGGUCCUCAGAUCCGAGGGGCGUCAUGACCUCUCAGGAAGAGGCUUCUUCCUUCAGGAGGUUCUUUCAGUACGUGGAGGACAGCGCGCUUCGAACAUACGACGGUCUGGUGAUCCAAAACGCUUCCGACAUCGCCAGAGAGAGCGACCGCGUUCGGAACCAGACCAACUGGACCUACCUGCAGGAGAAACACCAGAAGAAGAGACGGCAAGAAGAGGCCAUCAAGAGGAUUGGAGAAGACGUCGCCACGGCCUCAGAUGGGGCAUACUCUGGAAAACAUUUCAGGAUGGGCUUCAUGACGAUGCCGGCGCCACAGGACCGACUGCCCACGCCGACCCAAGGCUUCACUGUGCGAUCCCAGUCUCUUCACUCAGUCGGCGGCGGAGAGGAAGACUCCAACCACAGUCGCAAGCAACCUCCACCCAAACCCAAGCGAGACCCGACCACCAAACUGAGCAGCAGCUCUGAGGCAGUGGAUGGAGUCUCUGGUUUCAUAAAGAGAGAGUAUCAAGAAGCAAAAGAUGGUGCAGAACUUUCAGAAGCUCGAUAUCAUCACCACAGUGAAGAAUCCAGGAAGAUGCCUCCACCCAAACCCAAGAGAGACCCAAACACUCAGCUUAGCUCCUCUUUUGAUGAGUCCUACGUCCGUAACCACUGCAGCAAGAAGUCUUCCUUCCAAGGCGACAAAUCCUCGUCUCAGAGUCACAGCCCGGCAUCCAGAGACACAGACGAUGAAGAGCCGGUUUACAUCGAGAUGGUCGGAAACAUCCUGCGUGAGCUGAAAGGUCAGGAAGCCGUAGACGACGAGCAGAGCGAGUCUGUGUAUGAGGAGAUGAAGUACCCGAUGCUGGAAGACUUUCUGCAGGAUGUGCAGUCCACCAUCAUCGACAGUGAGGCGUGGUCUUCCCGCGGUUCGUUCUGUGACAUUCCUCCACCCUUCCCAAACCUCCUGACUCACCGCCCUCCGUUGCUCGUCUUCCCGUCCGCCCCGGUCCAGUGCUCCCCCAACUCCGACGAGUCCCCUCUCACCCCGCUUGAUGUCACUCGUCUGCCUAUGCUAGAAAACGUUAGCUUGAGUAAAUCGGGUGGAGCAGAGCAGCCACUGGGCUCCGGUCACCACCGUAAAGACCGGGACCGGGACCGGGACGCGUCCCACACUCACACAAUCACAUCCUCUGGUCGCUCAUCAGCCCCUCCCCUCGCCUCCAGUUUUUACAAGUCAUCUAGCUCCGCCCACAGCGUUCACGGCUACCCUCGCAGCCAAUCAGCAUGCCCGUCUCCGGUCAGCAUGGGGCGCGCUCUGACUCCUCUGAGUUUGAAGAGGCCGCCCCCUUAUGACACUCUGAUAGCAGGAGGAAGCAUACCCCGCUCCUCUUCCUCUUCAUCAUCAUCCUCACAGAGGGCAGGAGAGGGUGGAGCUAAACUCAGUAACUCCUCCUCCGCCCACGGCUCCAUGCACAACGUCUCGGCGCGGUGCCAGACUCCCACCAGCCCAUUGGACGAACUCAACAACCUGUUUGCGUCCGGCAGGCAGGUGAUGAAGAGGGGCUCAGCAGGGAGGAAGAGCAGAGAGGGUGAAGGAGACUCCAAGUCUCUGCCAAGACACGACAGUAAAGACCGAGACGGACAAUCCAGUCCUGUUUCCAGCAGGAUGGGGAGGUCGUCUGUGAGCCCCACCAUGAUGCUGAUGGGCGGAGGAGGUGGAGGUGGAGGAGAAUCAAAGACUGUGGGUAAACUGGGCCGGUCUGCAUCAACAUCAGGGGUUCCGUCUCCAGGCGGAACGCCACAGCGCCACCUCCAUGACGCCCACCACCCGGUCCUCAGCCAGAUGCCGUGGCUCUGCGGCGACGCCACCAUGAUGGAGAUGAUCGAGAAGAAGAGAGUUUUGUGCCGAGAGAUCAAAGCCCGUCAGCGGCCGGAGAAGAACCUGUGCAAACAGGACAGCAUGCCCAACCUGCCCAGCUGGAGGAGGAAGCAGCCGCCGCCAUACUCAGCCCCGCCCACCGCCACCGGACACGCCACCACCGUGUUCUGGGACACCGCCAUCUGAGGGACGUCCAGAACAACGUUCUCCACUGAGGCAGAGAGAAACCGAUGAGGAUGAGGAUGAUUAUAGUGAUGAUGAUGUCAUGUUGAUGAAGAUGAUGAUGGUGAUCAUGACGAUGAUGAUGAUGAUGGUAACCAUAGUGAUGACAAGAGGUGGUCAUGAAGAUGGGGAUGAAGAUAAUUAUUAUUAUGAUGAUGAUGAUGAUGAUGAAGAUGAUGUCUCAUCCUCAUCAUCAUCUUCCUUCAGAGCUGCUGGCCGGUUGAAUUUGCUGCCAGCUGAUUGGUUGAUGAGUUGAACUUUCCAGUCGUUCUUUUUGCUUUGAACAAUCAUUUGAUUCAGUUUGACGUUCGCACCUGCAGACUCGCCUGCUUUGAUGUUUCCACUUCCUGUCACGUGACGCAGUUUGAGUUGACUUCAUCCUCAUCUGAACCUCGUUAAUGUUCCACAGGCGACAGAAAUUAAUGUGCGUCAGUAAAUUAGCAUCGAUCAGAUCGUCGUUGUCAGACCGGAAGUGACUCUGAACACAAGCCGCAGCUUCUGUUUGUCUAUCCUAGUGAGGACACUCACAUUACAAGAUGCAGUUUGAGGGUCGGACCUGGUUCUGACCUGGUUCCGGUCCAAACGGACAGCCUUUCAGCCAGGUUUUAACUCAUCAAGUCAAAGAUUCAACCAGGCGUCCUGCUGUCCAAUCAGAGCGCGGAGCGGCGUGCAGGGGGCGUGGCUGUUCAGGUGUAGCAGAGAUUCCUGUCGUCUUUCUAGUCCUUAUUUUUUUAUCUGUAAAAUAUUCAGAUGGUUGUUUCUUUUUAAGUCCUGUAGCAGAAAAUAUGAACUCCUCUAUGUCUGAAAAGAAGACGCGGCGCAUCACUGCGAUGUGUUUUUAUAUUUCUGGAAGAAAAGAUGGUGACGUCUGUGUGUGGAGUGUAGUCAGAACGUGAACAUGUUUUUAUAAAAUAUUUUAAAACUGAGAAUAUUUUGGCAGGCUGGUUGUUGGUUUGUGCUCAUUUGCAAGUGGUGAAUUUUCAAUCCAGCCUGACUCCAGUUUGACUCCAGUUUGACUCCAGUUUGACUCCAGUUUCACUUCACUAUAACUCCAGUGAGACUCUGUGGAAAUUCUCAACUGGACUCAACUGUAAAUUCCAGUUUGAUUCAAGCUAAAUAUACAUUUUUCAAACCACUUUGAUUUUAAAUUCCUUCCUUUAUGAUUAUUUUAUUUAUGUAUAUUUAUUUAAUCAAGUUUUUGAUUCCAGUUUGAUUCCAGUUUGAUUCCAGUUUCACUACAAUUUAAAACUCAGAUUGUAGUUUUAGUCUGAAGUUUAAUUCUUGCUGGUUCCCAGUCUAAUUUCAGUCUAGACUCCAUGGCUCUGGUAUGUCAUCAGUUUAACUCCAGUGUGACUCCAGUUUAACUACAGUUUGAGUCCAGUUUGACUCCAUUGUGACUCCAGUUUAACUCCAGUGUGAAUCCAGUUUAACUCCAGUGUGAAUCCAGUUUAACUCCAGUGUGAAUCCAGUUUGACUCUAGUUUAGCUCCAGUGUGACUCCAGUUUAACUCCAGUUUAGCUCCAGUGUGACUCCAGUUUAACUCCAGUGUGACUCCAGUUUAACUCCAGUGUGACUCCAGUUUAACUCCAGUGUGACUGCAGUUUGACAGCAGCAGAACUCUGCAGCAAACUAAAGUGACUAGUCUGAGUUUGAACAAGGACCUGAGUUAACUAACCCGGGUUAACCGGUUUCAGUUUGAUCCAAACUUUACCCCAGUGUGAACACAGAUUAAAUCCAGUUUGGCUUCAUAAAUGUAGCCAAAAGUGAUCUGUCCUGUUGGAUAAGAGCCAUUUCCACACCACAGUGUGAAUCACACUCAAACAGUUUAUCAGGAUCUUCACCUGACCUUUGACCUGGAGGUCAGGUGGCUGUUGAUCUGUAGAUGCCUGCUGGUCCUGAUGAACCAGGAGAAACAAAACUUCCUUCUUUCUGUGAUCAACGUGAAACGACCUGAAGCCAAGCGCCGGAUUCAGGUUGAAAUAUGCACAUGGAUUAAAUAUGAAAUAUUUAUCUGCUCACAAACUUCUCCUUUUGCACAAAAUGUUUGUCAUCAUUAAACUAAGUGCACUUCCUGAGUUUGUAAAGGUUUCCUCAAACACGAUUUAUUUGUAGUUAUUUACAGGAAAUGAAUAUUAUAUCAGCCUAUAUUAAUGUUUCAUGCAGUUUCUUUGGGAAAUUAUUAAAAUUGAGCUGAAAUGCUGAAGAGAAGCAGAUUGAGUUCUGAUUGGUCCAAAGAUCAGCGGUUGGAGAUGCAGCUCUCUGAUUGGUUGAUAGAAGCAUUUAGAUAUUGUGCGAAUGCCAACAGGGCGCUCCGACUCGGAAGCUGGUUCAGAUUAUUCAUGACUUGUUCUUCAUGCACUGUGAGAAUCUGAUGGUCGCCGCGGUUACCUGCUCUGAGAUUAUUGCACUUGUUUAUUUUUAUUGAAACUGUGAGAAAGAAAAGAACUGAUGUAUUUGAUUAUGUUUUCAUCAAUGAAGAUGAAAUAUGAAUAAAGUUGAUUUUUCUGAUCCAGA